CAAGUACUGAGUUAAAAAGAAGGCAUAAUACUGCCCAUUUCAAAAACAGGGACGUUUGAGAGAUUAUCAUACAGUGAUUUUGUCUCGCAUUUAAAGCUCUAACAUCGGUUUUUCCCUUCUUCAAAGCAUUUCCCUUUCAUCUGAAUUCCGUAAGGAUGCAGAUUUUCAUCCGAGGUGUCGACGGAUCCUCCGAGGUCCGCUGCGUCAACGAGAAUGCCACGGUUAGCGAGAUGAUGUCCACCUUGGACAUCAAACAGAAUUUCCACGUCUCGUACGCAGGUACUGAGAAUAUCUACAGCACUCGAUAUAGUUGCGGGCUUUGGCUAGGCAUUUUAUCACAGCGAGGUGUUUUCUGGUGCGCUCUAGCGCUUUAUUUAGUGGAGAUUUUUGGACAUCUCAUUCAACGCGCUCAAUUCUCGAGUAGUGCUUGGUGUGCAGAAGACUCCCGAGUUCUGUAUCCCCCUUUUCCGAUGGACACCAUUCUGUCGCGAUGAAAUUUCUGCCACUCUCAACACUAUGUGCUACUAUUCACUAAAGACUCCUAGGUAAGAAUGUCGCUCUUGAUGCGGUUAUCGGAAGCGUGCUGCAAGAAGAGUGCACCGUGGAUGUGAAUGUGGAUUUGCUGGGUGCCGGAAAGAAACGAAAGAAGAAGCAGUACACCAAGCCGAAGAAGAUCAAGCACAAGCACAAGAAGGUCAAGCUCGCAGUCCUCAAAUACUACAAGGUAACUCUGUGGCUUCUGACACUCAAUUCCAUUGUAGACUUGCAUCGCGCUCUAAAGAUGGGGCCUUCUAAGCCAAGGUGUUUCACACAAAGUGGUGCUGGACAAAUACGACUGUCGAGCCGCAACAUCUUUUGUAUAUCGAGGCUUUAUUUUCUCCUGUCGUGCCCUCGAGAGAUAAGCCGGACAUAUUUAGACUGCCAUAGGCGUUACUCACGCCCGAAGCAGUCGGUCUUAUUUAGCUGCCGCGUCUCUACUCGGGUCGCUACGGAACCACGCAGCUUCGAGGGAGUUGCUACGUGGUUUAGGGUUUAGCGUGCCAGCAUCACCCAUGCUGAUGUAGUUCUUGGUAGACUUAGUUAGUUUAGAAAUAUCGCCUCGAUUACUUUUCCACAUUAUUCAUUCAACCAGGUUGACAAGGACAACAAAGUGACGCGCUUGCGCAAGGAGAGCCCUUUGGCCGGACCCGGUUAUUUCAUGGCGAUGCAUCACAACCGCUACCACUGUGGAAAAACUGGCCUCACCUACUUGUUUGAUGAGAAUAUCAAGGAUGGAGACAAGAAGUAA